GGAUCUUUGGGAAUCAGAUCUCCAGUGCAAAAAUGCAUCCCAGCAUUACUAAAGAGGCUGAUUGUCCCUGCACCCAGACUGCACCAACUGAUGAGUUUUGGAUGUUGUCAGCGGGGCCUUGCUUCGGUUUUCACCGCCCGGAUCCGUCCACGCCGACAUGGAGGUGCUGUGAGCAGGAAACAUGAUUAAAGAUAACAACGAAAUUGUUCCACUAAUGGGCAAGAAAACAAACCCACCUGGAAAUCCCCCUGCAAACCAGCAAGAGAAAAAAGUGACUGAAGGCACUCCCACCAAGAAAAGUUCCCACUUUUUCCUGGAGAUUGAUGGUUUUGAAAGCAAUGCCAGUCCCAAUAACACCUCUCCCCCUGUGUUUUCCAAACCCAUGGAUUCCAACAUUCGCCCCUGUGCAUCUGCAAAUGGGGAAGACAUGGAUUCCCCCCAGUCCCUUCAGGAUGAUGCCACUGAAUACAGCCCUAACGUGGACAGCUGUGGUGCUACCACAUGCCCAGGCCCUGAGCUGAGGAGUGCCAGGAAGAAGCUGAAGAGGAACCUGUUCCGGGCAGUGUCCGAGGGCAACGCGGAGGAGCUGCAGCGGCUGCUGGCCGAGCUCAGGGAGCGCUCGGGGGCCUGCACCUCCCUGCCCGUGCCAGAUUACCUGAUGAAGAAGUUCACGGCUUCAGACACUGGCAAAACUUGUCUGAUGAAAGCUCUGCUGAACAUCAACCAGAACACAAACGAGAUAGUGAACAUGCUCCUGUCCUUUGCAGAGGAAAAUGGCAUUUUGGAGAGAUUUAUCAAUGCAGCAUACACAGAAGAGGCAUAUAAAGGCCAGACAGCUCUAAAUAUUGCCAUUGAGAGGAGACAGUAUGAAAUAACUCAGAGCCUCAUAGAGAAAGGAGCUGAUGUCAAUGCUCAUGCCCAGGGUAUUUUCUUUAAUCCCAAACACAAGCAUGAAGGCUUUUAUUUUGGUGAGACUGCACUGGCUUUGGCAGCAUGUACCAACCAGCCAGACAUAAUUGAGCUGUUAAUGGACAAUGCCAGGACCAACAUUUCCUCCCAGGAUUCCAGAGGAAACAACAUCCUCCAUGCAUUAGUGACCGUGGCAGAGGACUCCAAAACACAGAAUGACUUUGUGAUCAGAAUGUAUGACAUGAUUCUGCUGAAAAGUAAAGACAGGAAUCUGGAAACAACCAAGAAUAAGGAGGGUUUGACACCGCUGCAAUUAGCUGCAAAAACUGGGAAAUUAGAGAUUCUGAAGUACAUCCUGAGCAGAGAGAUCAGAGAGAAGGCAAACAGGAGCCUGUCAAGAAAAUUCACAGACUGGGCUUAUGGUCCUGUUCAGUCUUCUCUGUAUGACCUGACAGAGCUGGACACCACUGCUGACAACUCAGUGCUGGAAAUCAUUGUCUAUAAUACAAAUAUUGGGAAUCGUCACGAGAUGCUGACUUUGGAGCCUCUGAACUCACUGCUGAGGAUGAAGUGGAAGAAGUUUGCACGGCACAUGUUCUUCAUGUCCUGCUGGUUUUAUUUCCUGUACAAUGUAACAUUAACGUUGGUUUCCUACCACAGGCCCAAUGAAAACGAAGCUCCUCCUUAUCCCCUGGCUCUGACCCGAGGGGUGGGGUGGCUGCAGUUGUCAGGACAGGUGAUGGUUAUGUUAGGAGCAAUAUUUUUAGCCAUAAAAGAGAGUGUGGCCAUCUUCCUGCUCAGGCCCUCAGACCUGCAGUCCAUCCUCUCUGAUGCCUGGUUCCACUUUGCAUUUUUUAUACAAGCUUUGCUUGUGAUCUUCUCUGUCUUUUUGUACUUGUUUUCCUACAAAGAACACCUGGUGUGUCUUGUUUUGGCAAUGGCCCUUGGCUGGGCCAAUAUGCUCUAUUUCACCAGAGGUUUCCAGUCCAUGGGCAUUUACAGUGUGAUGAUACAAAAGGUCAUCCUGCACGAUGUGAUCAAGUUUUUAGUUGUGUACAUGGUGUUUUUGCUGGGAUUUGGCGUAGCUCUGGCUGCCCUGAUUGAGACGUGCCAGGAGGGUGGGGAAUGCCACUCCAACAGCAGCCUGGGGCCUGUCCUGAUGGAUCUCUUCAAGCUCACCCUGGGGCUGGGUGACCUGGAGAUCCAGCAGAACUCCAAGUACCCUGUCCUGUUCCUCCUGCUCCUCAUUACUUUCGUUGUGCUGACUUUUGUUCUUCUCUUGAACAUGCUGAUUGCAUUAAUGGGAGAGACUGUGGAGGAUAUUUCUAAGGAGAGUGAGCACAUCUGGAAACUCCAGAGAGCCAGGACUAUUUUGGAAUUUGAAAAAUUCUUACCAAAAUGCCUGAGGAAGAAAUUCCAGCUGGGAGAACGGUGUAAAGUGGCUGAAAAUGACACCAGGGUGUGUUUAAGGAUUAAUGAAGUGAAAUGGACCGAGUGGAAAACCCAUGUUUCAUUUAUUAAUGAAGAUCCAGGGCCAACAGAUCCAAGCAAAAUUCAAGAUAAUUCAAGAACUAAUAGCAAAAACACCCUGAAUACGUUUGAAGAAAUGGAUGAUUUGCCUGAAACUUCUGUUUAGUUGUGCUGUGCUUGACGUGUGGCUCUUCUGAAGGUUGAAAGCAUCAGCAGUGGAGGCUGAAAGCUUUGUGGCUGUUUUGGACAGCUGUAGCCAGCUGGA